AGUAUCCAGACAGAUGUGGUGUGUUUGCUGCUGUGAUUUGUGCAACAGGAAGAGAGAAUGGAGGGGUAGUGCUGGGUCAUGAAGCGUUAAAUUAUGAAUGUUUAUGGAUUUUUUUUUCACCCCCUCAAGUUUUUUUUCUUUUUUUUCUUUUUUUUUUUCUCGCGCGCUGUUCGUUUAAAUGAGCCCGAGCUGAGAUUUCACUGCUAUUUCACUUUAUUUUCAUCACGGAGUUGAAAUAAAAUUUCAGACCCAAUCACGCAGCGCGGGAUAAAAGCACGCAGAGUGUUGCGUUCAGCUUGCACAAAAACAGUCAAUAACAGACAGACCAGGCUUUGGCUGUUUUCAGCAGUUACACGAUGUGCCAAAAAGAAACAAAACGCAAGCAGCUGAUUUAUUUUAUUUUUUAUUUUUUUUUAACGCAAAGACACUCUGACGUCACUGUGUUGAAGUAUUAUCCCGCCGCUCAGCUGGUUUGGAGCCGACAGUCCGCUCCAAGUUGCAGGAGAGCGCACUCCCUCCUGCUUCUCCACCGAUGACCAUGGGGACGUCCGGGACGUUUAACGCAGGAUGCCUCUUCUUAACUCUGCGCACAGCGAAGGGCAGCUUCACACUGAAUGGGCAGAGGAGACGGGACUCGGACGGAUUGUGUUAAUGUGAUGGAAGGACUGUUAUAUGAAAGAAGUUUUCUAUUUUUUUCCUGAGUCAGUGGACAGCCCAUCCACUGAAGCGACUUACACAAUCAGGGUGGCAAGAUCAGUUAGAAAAUCAUGCACUGUUCAUAUCCAUGGAGAGAUGGCAUGGGUGCUCCUCUUCACUCGACUUCUCCCCUUCUCGCACCGCCUCAGAGGAACAACUAUUUUCUUGCUGUCCCUUCUCCUUUCGUAUUUGUGCUACUGCGCUCUGUUCCCCGAAGGGAAUUCACUAUUCCCCGUGCAAAAGUCAGGUGAUCCCAUGCCCAGCUGCCAGCGCGCCGAUGGAGCCAAAAGACGCCUUCAGAAAUCCAUCUCCUGCCUCUUACCGCUGGAUGUGAGGACGAGCGGCGGCGAGGCGUCUCGGCCGAAAACCGACCAAAGACCCCCCUCCGCCCUUCACAUCGUCCUGAACGACACGCCCAGCCCCCCCAUGAGCAAUCUGAAGUUUGGCAACAAGAAGUUGCCGAACGCCAUCAUAGUUGGCGUGAAAAAGGGAGGCACGAGAGCCGUCCUGGAGUUCAUCAGGAUCCACCCAGACGUGCGCGCAGCUGGGACUGAGACGCACUUCUUCGACAGGAACUAUGACAGAGGACUGGAGUGGUACAGAAGUUUAAUGCCAAGGACUCUUGAAAGCCAAAUCACAAUGGAGAAGACACCAAGCUACUUUGUGACAAAGGAGACUCCGCACCGGAUUUCUGCCAUGUCCCAAGACACCAAGCUCAUUGUGGUGGUACGUGACCCAGUCACUCGAGCGAUAUCAGAUUACACCCAGACUCUAUCCAAAACUCCCGACCUGCCAAGCUUCCAGGAGCUGGCCUUCAGAAACCAGAGCCUGGGCAUUGUGGACAUGUCCUGGAACGCCAUACGGAUCGGCCUGUACGCCUUGCACCUGGAAAACUGGCUCCGCUACUUCCCUCUGGCUCAGAUCCACUUUGUGAGCGGAGAGCGUCUUAUCACAGACCCAGCGGGGGAGCUGGCUCGGGUGCAAGACUUUCUUGGGUUAAAGCGCAUUGUCACUGACAAACACUUCUAUUUCAACCGCACGAAGGGCUUCCCUUGCCUUAAAAAGCCAGAGAGCAGCGGCUCACCCCGCUGCCUGGGCAAAUCCAAGGGUAGAACUCAUGUGCAGAUAGACAGAGACGCCAUCGAGCAACUGCGAGACUUCUACAGACCUUACAAUGUCAGAUUUUAUGAAAUGGUGGGACAUGAUUUUAAGUGGGAGUAGAGAGAUAUUUUUACAUGGUAAAGGAAAAGUAUAUGUAUCACAGAUUUUUUCUCUAAAAGUGGAUGUUCCACAGUAAGGCAGAUAGUGAACUAUGAGCCGUCUCCAGAGAAUUUUAAAAUGAAACAGCAGACUCUGUACUGUUCUUUGAAUUGACUCAAAUGAACCGAGCAAAUCUAAGACGGCGUUGCUUUUGCACUUACCCGCAUCAGCACCCUGUACGUUGCUUGUUGUAGCCAUCAUUUCAGCUUCAGGAUCACAUGAUUUCAGCCCAUAUUACUGUAUAUUUCUGCUGACAAGAUUGCUGACUGCUUCAUAAAGAGAAGAAGAAAUUCCAAGGAAUGGGAUUAGCUCCUCUUAAAAUCUGCUUCACUAAUCAAGGCAGGGUUUGAAAGCAAGACCUUGGAAAAUGUCAGUGAAGUCUUCAGGGAGAGCAGAAUUAAGCUGCAGCACAGUGGUGGUAAAUCCAAAACGUAAAGCCAUAAGGCAAGUAUGAACCAAGAACUGACGUUACUUACUGUUCAUUUUUUUUGCACCGGGUGAAGCAUUUUCUUUUCCAGUCUUUCCAAUUUGAAUCCAAUACGUUAUGCUGUAACAAAAAGCACUUGCAAAAUCCAUGUUUUAAUCUUUAUUUUUUAAUCACUGCAUUAAUCACAAUGCUUGUCCAUGAACUUCAUUAAAUGAAAAACGAAGCACAA